AUGGACAAGGGGAAGGCCGGGAGACGGCGAUCUUCUGCUGAAAUUGUCACAGAAGGGAAAAGGAGAAAGCCUUCGUCUUCGGAAUUACAUAAGAUAACAAAGAUAUUAAGUGCAAAACCAGAGGAUGUUCAUGUUCAGUCACCACUGUCCAAACUCAGAAGCUCAGAACACUGGGAUGUUUCUUUGCAGGGGUUGAAAAGGAGCCUAAGAAAUAAGGUCCUCUCUCUAGACCAUAAAAGUAAAAGAGGUGUACGUGGUCAUCCCGUCAUUUCUAAGAUAUCACCAGAAAGGCAACUCAGAGUUAUGUUGACGAAUGUCCUAUGGACGGAUUUAGGACGAAAAUUCAGAAAGACCCUACCUAGAAACGAUGCUAAUUUAUGUGAUGCCAGCAAGGUGCAAUCAGACUCAUUGCCUUCGACAUCUGUUGACAGCCUAGAGACAUGUCACAAAUUAGAACUUCUUCACCAAAGCCUUAAUUUAUCUGAAAGGAUACCCAGAGUUAUAUUGACGAAUGUCCUGGGAACGAAGUUAGGAAGAAAAUACAUAACGACCUCCUCUGUCACUGAGGCCAGUCUGGGUGAUACAGAGAACUUGCAAUCAGAGCAGCUUCCUUCAUCAUCUGAUGGCAGCCUAGAAUCUUGUCACAGUCUAAAUCCUCACAAGAGCUUCUUUUUAUCUGAAAGGAGUUCACAAUCAAGUAAGACAGACAAUAAUUAUGCAAAGCAGACUUCUUACACUAAAGAAAAACAAAGAGAUGACGAUGGCAUUUCUUUUAUGUCUGAUACUCAGCCUAAAGACCUCAGUAGUGGAAGUAGAGAUUGUGACCAUCUUGAAGAGGGGAGUGGAAACAAGGAUGAUACAAAUUCUGUUUCAAGAGUGGAACCCACUCUGAUUUCCAGGAAGAGAAAGAAAAGGCUUAGAAGUAAUUUGCCUGAUUCUCAUAAUCCUACUUCUCUGUAUAAGUCAGCAGAACAGACAAAAGAACAAGAAAAUGACCCAGAGGUAUUCACUGCGUUGGAAAAGUCAAGUGAAAACUAUCAUGAGGAUCCAAAACUGUUUGAAGAAGUUACACACGAAUCCAUAGAAAGUGAUUUUGCUCAGCUACCCUCGCUUUGUGAUCAGGAGUUGGCUUUGAGUGCUUCUCCUCACAUGCGCUCUGACUGUUCAACCAUGGAGACUUUUGAGAGCUCUAUUUCCUCUGAUACUGUGGGGAAUUCUACUCUAGUUGUGAAGGAUGAGAAUGAAUCGAACACAGUAGAAAAACCUGUUUUAAGUGAACACAGUGAAGGGAACCCAUCAUUUAUCUCUGCUGAACCAAUUGUUGUUUCUAGUGAUGAAGAAGGACCCACUGAACAUAAAAGUUCAGAAAUUCUUAAAUUACAGCCUAAGCAGGAUGAUGCCAUCUCUCAUGAAAGUGAGAGUACUUCUGAACCAGUAGUGUCAGAACUACCAUUGAUUACUUGUGAGUCUGUACAGACUUCAUCUGAAUUAUGUACAUAUAAUCCUGUCAUGGAAAACAUUUCCUGUCUUAUACCUAAAAAUGAGAUGGAUCUACAACUGGAUUUUAUAUUUACUUCUGUUUAUAUUGGUAAAAUAAAAGGAGCUUCUAAAGGUUGUGUUACAUUCACAACAAAGUAUAUUAAGAUCCCAUUUCAAGUGUCUGUGCACGAGAUUUCAUUGCUAGUGGAUACAACACAUUUAAAGAGGUUUGGAUUAUGGAAAAAUAAAGAUGAUGAUCCCAGUAAAAGAAGUCAUGCUAUCCUCUUUCUUUGGGUCUCCUCAAGUUAUCUUCAGGAGAUUCAGACCCAACUGGAAAACUCUGUAUUAAGCCAGCAAUCAAAAUCAACUGAAUUCAUUUUCCUUGAGCUACACAGUUUUAUUUCGCAGAGAGAAGAAUUGAAAUUGAAAGACAUCAUGACAGAAAUAAGUACUGCCAGUGGAGAGCCAGAGCUUUCUUACCCGUUGUCUUGGGCUCAGGCGCUCCCUUUAUUUCAGAGCCUGUCUUCAAAAGAAAGUUCUUUUAUUCAUUACUACUGUGCUUCAACUUGUUCCUUCCCUGCUGGCACUACUGAAGAAAUGAAGAUGAAAUCAGUGUCUCAGCCCUCAAAUACAGAUACAGCCAAGCCUACUUACACCUUACUGCAGAAGCAGAGCAGUGGUUGCUAUUCGCUUUCCAUUACAUCGAAUCCAGAUGAGGAAUGGCGAGAAGUCAGGCACACUGGACCUGUUCAGAAGUUGAUUGUAUAUCCUCCACCACCUACUAAAGGGGGCUUAGGAGUAACUAAUGAAGAUCUGGAGUGCUUAGAAGAAGGAGAGUUUCUUAAUGAUGUAAUCAUUGAUUUCUAUCUUAAGUAUCUUAUAUUGGAGAAGGCAUCAGAUGAACUUGUUGAAAGAAGUCAUAUUUUUAGUAGCUUUUUCUACAAAUGCUUGACAAGAAAGGAAAAUAAUUUAACAGAAGAUAAUCCAAAUCUUUCAAUGGCUCAGAGAAGACAUAAGAGAGUAAGAACAUGGACUCGUCACAUAAACAUCUUUAACAAGGAUUACAUCUUUGUGCCUGUAAAUGAGUCGUCUCACUGGUAUCUUGCAGUCAUUUGUUUUCCAUGGUUAGAAGAAGUUGUGUAUGAAGAUUUUCCACAAACUAUAUCCCAGCACUCCCAGGCUGAGGAAUCCCAACAUGGCAGCAGCAGAAUAGAUAACGAUCUGCAUACUGCUUCAGCACUGUCCUUGGGUACAGAAGAUUCUCAAAGUCCUGAGAUGAAUGUGACAGUACCAAAGAAAAUGUGUAAAAGGCCAUGCAUUCUCGUACUGGAUUCUUUGAAAGCUGCUUCUGUACAAAGCACAGUUCAGAAUUUACGGGAGUAUUUAGAGGUAGAAUGGGAAGUUAAACGAAAAACUCAUCGUGAAUUCAGCAAAACAAACAUGGUGGACCUGUGCCCUAAAGUCCCUAAGCAGGAUAAUAGCAGCGAUUGUGGCGUGUAUUUACUGCAAUAUGUGGAAAGCUUCUUUAAGGAUCCUAUUGUUAACUUUGAACUUCCAAUUCAUCUGGAGAAGUGGUUCCCUCGUCAUGUAAUAAAGACCAAACGGGAAGAUAUUCGAGAGCUCAUUUUGAAGCUUCACUUACAGCAGCAGAAGGGCAGCAGCAGCUAG